CUACACACAUUGUGAUUCUCUCUCCUGAAGCCUUCGGUCAAAGGUCCCUCCAGUCUCCUGCUCUGUCCUGUCCUUCUGGUACCUCAGACCAUGGCUACUCACCUCCUCAGACAGCUCAGUGUGUUCUCUAGAAGGGCUGUGUUACAACCUCUACAGGUGGUCUCCUCACUACAGAAGACAUGGACACCUGGGAACCCAACCUGGCUCUGGUGCUGUAGAUCCCUCCAUGUGGACAGUCCCCCCAUGGUCCCAGGGCAGAGCUUCAGCUACGUCCAUGGGGCCUCCUCAGUGUCCCUGCUGGGCCAGACGGUGGGUCAGAGUCUUCAGGCUGCAGCCGACCGCUGGCCCCACAGAGAGGCCCUGGUCUUCCUGCAGGAUGGAGUCCGUAAGACCUUCUCCCAGUUUCAGGAGAACGUUGACCAGGCUGCUGCAGGUCUCCUGGCCCUGGGUCUGAAGAGAGGGGACAGACUAGGAGUCUGGGGGCCCAACACAUACCACUGGAUCCUGUUUCAGUUCGCCACAGCCAAGGCUGGCAUCAUACUGGUGUCAAUAAACCCAGCCUAUCAGCUGAAGGAGCUGGAGUACACCCUGAGGAAGGUGCAGUGUAAAGCAGUGGUGUGUCCCACCCAGUUUAAGACCCAGAGGUUCUGUGACAUGCUGAGACAGAUCUGCCCAGAGAUGGAAACAGCAGAGUCAGGGGUCUUUAGAAGCUCCAGACUACCAGACCUGUGUAUGGUGAUUGUGACAGACAGCAGACAGACAGGGACUGUACAUGUAGAGGAUGUGAUGCAGGCUGGAAGCAGAAAACACCACCAGGAGCUGCAGGACCUGCAGACCAAACUGUCCUUUGACGACCCAAUCAACAUACAGUUCACAUCCGGAACAACAGGAAGUCCUAAAGGUGCCACCCUCUCCCACCACAACAUUGUCAACAACGCCUAUUUUGUGGGUCUACGUCUGGGAUUCGACUGGAGGCCUAUAAGAGCGUGUGUUCCUGUACCCCUGUACCACUGCUUUGGCUCAGUGUUAGGAGGGAUGUGCAUGGCACUGCAUGGCAUCACCCAGGUCUUCCCCUCUGCUGGUUACGACAGCCGUGCCAACCUGGAAGCUAUUCAGAAUGAAAGGUGUAAUUUCCUCUACGGCACUCCUACCAUGUACAUUGACAUGCUUGGACAGCCUGACCUUCACAAGUAUGACCUGUCAUCAGUUGAAACUGGGUAUACGGGUGGAUCUCCUUGUCCCCCUGAAGUCAUGAGGAAACUCAAAACUCACAUGAAUGUCAAGAAUAUCAUAACAAGUUAUGGAACCACUGAGAACAGCCCUAUAACAUUCCUUGGUUUCCCACGAGACAACGAGGAACUGAUGACACAGACAGUCGGAUGUAUCCUGAACCACACUGAGGCGAAGGUGGUGGAUGUGUCCUCUGGAGAGGUGGUUCCUCUGGGGGAUCCAGGAGAGCUGCUGAUCAGAGCUUACUCUGUUAUGCUGGGGUACUGGGACGACUCAGACAAGACCAAUGAGGCUAUCUCCAAAGACCGCUGGUACAGGACCGGUGACAUAGCCAGUCUGGACAGGUUUGGGUACUGCCGUAUAGUGGGACGUAUAAAGGACAUGAUCAUUCGUGGAGGAGAGAACAUCUACCCUGCUGAGAUAGAGCAGUUCCUUCACACCCAUCCCAAUGUACAGGAGGCCCAGGUGAUAGGCGUGAGAGAUGAGAGAAUGGGGGAACAGGUGUGUGCCUGUAUCAGACUGACGGAGGGACAGGACUGUAGCAGAGAGGAGAUCAGAGACUUCUGCAAGGGACAGCUGCAUGGAUCUGCUUCUACUUGUUCCAGAUUUCUCACUUCAAGAUCCCCCACUAUGUGGUGUUUGUGGACAGCUAUCCACUGACUGCCUCUGGAAAGAUCCAGAAGAUCAAACUGAGCGUGGAGAUGGAGAAGAAACUGGGCCUGUGAUGGACAGAGGGUCCUAGACAGACUGGGCUAAUAGCAACCCACAUUGAGCACCAUUUUAACACGAGAUGAUCUCUUGUUAAACCAUCAAUACGCACAAAGAUCACCCGCACAGUGAAUCUGAAUUGCAACCACUAACAUUUAGUCCUGGUUGCUGCCAACAUUUUUUUUCUUUUACCAUUUUGUCCUCUGGUGGGUAUUAUCUUCUGUAUUAAAUUAAACUACUAUUUCAGCAGACUAAGCACACAUUUAACUAUUUGACAAUUUUGUACAAAUGAAAUGAGGUACUUCCUUGUUUAUCACAGAGAAUCUACUGUUGCAAUUGACCCUCCACAUGUUAUGAAUGGAAAGGUCAUUUUGGUGUACUUACUUGUAUUUCCAAUGUAUGUAAUCCAUUAAUAACAACUUGUCUUUAUACAGGCUGGUUCUUAUCAAAAGGGGAACAUAAAAUAUCCCUGAACUGUCCACAUCUAACAUUGGUAACUAAAUCAAGCCAAUCAUGAUUUGAGUUAAGGUCCAUGUAAAAUGGCCGACUAUGUGUCUUCUUUAAGGGUUGAGUUAAUAUAAUCUGUUUUCAUUGUCUAUGUAAAAUGGCCAACUAGGUGUCUUCUUUAGAACCACAAAUGUUUUCUGUUCAUUGCUUGUAGUCCUUCACCAACACACAAUUCAAUAUAAUCAAUAGAUGCCUAUACUUUUCAGUCUCAGCCAUGUUUAGCUGAAUCAGGUUAAAGAGGCCUCCUCCUCUUAAAAACUGCCUGCAUUUUUCAACGUUCCGUUUUGAACUCACUUGGAUAAUACACCAUCUGUAAUGUUCUUCUGGCGGAGAAAGCCACGGUAUCCUGACAUUCACCCCUUGACCUAGGCUUAAUCUGUGUCCAGGAAACUGGUCCUAAAACUAUUCCAGGACUAUCAUUUGGAGUGCUUGCUUAGUCCCAUGGUCUAUGAUGUCACCCACCUUUACCAUGUCACUCUGAGCUCUAUGUCAGCCUGUUGCUAUGUCCCCAUAUAUACAGGUUUGGAACUAAGCAUUGUAACUCUGCCAAACAACAUAUUUGUACAUACCAACGUUUGGUAGUAUUACAGUUCUAUUUAUUUCAGAUGUCUUUAUGGCAUGUUUAAAAUGAAGAACCUGAGUUUUACUAUUGUACAUCAGUCCAAGAUCACAUAUCAUGAUGAUGUACAAUAUUUUCGAUUAAAUCAAAUGAAAUAAACAUAUUGAAAAAGAA